UAACUUAUUCUUAUUCAUCAUUUCAUUGUUUGUUUAUUAUAAUCAAAUAGCUAAUUAUGUCUAUCCACCCAUCUAAUGUAAAGUCGCAGUACAUUCAGUUUAGACAUCACAACAAAGUCAGAUUGGACUGAAAAUAUCAAUACAAGCAGUUCUACAUUAAUCCACUAGAGGGCGGUAAUGCAUCAUUUUGGAUGCACACUACCUCUGGCCAAACCACCGAAGAAGGAGAACUGAAGUCACAUGACUGAAGUUUGUCUCAUAGCUGUUUGUGUUUAUAUCUCUCUACUGUAAUCAGAGGACAGGUGAGGACAGGUGAGGACAGGAUGUCCUCUCUGCCCCCGCAUGUGGUCUGGCAGGGUGAGGGUCUGGUUGCCUCCCUGAACCCCCGGCCCUGGACCCCAGGCUCAGUGAUCCUGCAGAGGACCCCCCCCGGCCCCCCGGGGAGCAGCAUCUUCCAGCUGGAGGAGCAGCACCUCCUCUCCCUCCUCCUCGGGGCCCGGGCCGUCUCCCAGCUGCUGUGCUCCCGCCUCGGGGUUCGGAGGUGUGCACUGGUCAGCCGGCCACACAGAGACGCACCCCCCCAGAUCCGGAUCCUCCCCCUGCACGGUCUGGACUCAGAGUGGCGCCCCCACCUGGCGGGUGAGGAGGAUUACAACGCCAUGGACCCGGGUUACCUCACCUCCAGAACCGCCCCCCGCUGGACUGCCUCCCACCUCACUGAGAUCCAGACCCAGAUCAGAUCCCACCUCCCCGACCCGGACGCCCCCCAGGACUUAACCUACCUGGGAGACGACCCGGCGGACCCCGGCCUGUUCCCUCGCAUUGUGCGGGGGGAGGAGCAGCAGUGGAGGGUGUGGGAGGACCGGGGUCACGUGGCCUUCCUCACCCCCUUCCCAAACUCCCCCGGCUUCACAGUCCUGGUCCCACGCCGACCUCUGACCUCAGAUAUCUUCGGGUUAGAGAAGCAGGACUACGAGGGUCUGGUUCUGGCGGCCCAGCAGGUGGCGAGGCUCCUGGAGGCGGGGCUCGGAGCGUCGGGGGUGGGGCUUAUUUUCGAGGGUUUUGAAAUCGACUACGCUCACGCUAAGUUGAUACCGCUGUUAGCUUUGUCGGAGGAGGUGGCUAAGCUAACACCCCCUCCCCAGUUUUACCCCACCUACCCCGGGUACGUGUCCUCCGAGGACGGACCGGACGCCAGCCAGGAGAGUCUGCAGGAACUGUGCAGGAAAAUCACUCAGAACUAACGCCUGUUGUUUAUGUCUACCUAACUACACCUCCCAUGAGUCUCAGAUAUAGAUCAGCUCUCAAAGCAUCAUGGGAGAUGUAGUUGUUGUUAUUUGAAUGCGAUUCAUCGUCCAACAUUUUGGGUUUCUCUAAUAAAAUGUCCGUACAGUUAUUUCAAAGAAA